AUGUGGGAGGAGAGCUUCGAUACAGAGCAUGAGGUUGGCGGUAAGCAAGAUUACUCGCCGGUGUCCUGGCGGGAAUAUUUUGAACAAAUGGAGGAUGUGAACGUGGGGCCGGCGGACAGCGGGGACGUCUUCAGGAUUUAUAAAGCUGGAAGUGACGGACCCCUGCUGGUUCUGCUGCAUGGAGGGGGACACUCUGCCCUGUCCUGGGCCGUCUUUACUACAGCCAUCGCCAGCAGAGUGACCUGCAGGGUACUUGCCAUGGAUCUCAGGGGUCACGGUGCCACCCUGGUUCGCCAAUCAGACGACUUCUCAACUCAAACUAUGUCCAGCGAUGUAGCCAAUGUGAUUCAAGCCUGCUAUGGUGAGACUCCUCCCCCCAUCAUCCUGAUUGGCCACGGUGUUGGCGGGGCGAUCGCAGUGCAUACAGCCAGCAACAUGCUGCUACCGACCACUGCGGGCCUGGUGGCUAUAGACGUCGUGGAGGGCAGUGCAAUGGAAGCACUCCACAGCAUACAGAACUUCCUGAAGGGAAGACCCAAGUCCUUCAAGUCCAUGGACCACGCAAUAGAAUGGAGCGUCAAGAGCGGACAAAUCAGGAACCUGGAAUCUGCCAGAGUCUCAAUGGUUGGUCAGAUCAAAAGAUGUGAGGUGGAGGAAGUGGACUCUCUGGAGCAGGCCAGCCCGGUGACAGACGUGGUCGUCGAGCGCAACGAAGAAUUCUAUGAUCAGAGCUACGUCAACGACAAAGAAAACGCUGCCUCAGAGAGUGUGUACAAAUGGCGUAUAGACCUGUCAAAGUCAGAAAAGUAUUGGGACGGUUGGUUUCGAGGAACCUCCAACCUCUUCCUGGCUUGCAACCUGCCCAAACUCCUGCUGCUGGCCGGAAUCGACCGACUGGACCGAGAUCUGACUAUCGGCCAGAUGCAAGGUAAAUUCAUGAUGCAGGUGCUGCCCCCCUGUGGCCACGCAGUGCAAGAAGACAAACCAGACAAAGUGGCUGAAGCUGUGGCCUCCUUCCUGCUGAGACACAAGUUUGCAGAAGCCAGAAGAGAAACCAAGAGCUCCAACUCUGUCACACGAUGAGGUCUGCAGGUUUUCUCUCAGACCAGCUAAAAGGAGCUUCAGGUUCAGAGCCGACUGCUUCCACAUGGUCCUGAAGACCAGUACAGGCCUCCAUCUUUACCAUCUCCAUCCUUUAUCAGAAGCUGCUGAGGUUUAAACCCUGAGAGCUGAGACUGGCUGUAAAUCUGACAGCAGCUGCGAACCAUUUAUGACUGACUGCUGUUUCUGUUCUGCUCCCGUUAUUCACAAAGUGCUGAAUCAAGUCCAAACAUUAAAAAUAAUGCAUUACACGAAGACAGUAACCACAACGAUCAUGUACAUCGCAUAUUUACUGUACAGCUACCGAGGCUACAUGCUAACAGAGCCCAGCGCUAACUGGAAACUGUUAAAAAAGGACAUAGAUUAAACGUUAGCAAUGCCAGAACAUGAAAGCUACUCAGGGUACGGGGAGUCAUGGUUAGCAUGUCAAUAGUUUGACAACUGAAGUAAAAAAUUUUGACAUCAGUCUGUAAAAAAUUUGACUUUUUAGGUGGAAGCUAAAUUAU